AUGGAGAAGCACAAAGUGCUGGACCGGCUCCUGGUCGAGCUGCACCGGUUCCUGCUCAUCCUGGACAAAGAGAACCUGAGUGGGAACGCCACGGUCCAGAAGAGUCUGCUGUCUGACCUGCUGCAGAGCUACAGAGGGAACACAGGUGGAGAUGAGGAGUACAUCUACAUGAACAAAGUCCUGGUCGGCGACAGCAAAGACGGAGCUGAAGGCCUCGUGAACGGGAAAUCUGGAAAGUUCAGUCCAGUCCCACAGAAAACUCUCCCGGAGCUUCCCCCGCCCAGAGCUGUGAGUGUUUGUGAUGUCGCAUGA